UUAUGUCCUUUAUGUCUCGAGAGCCCGAAUGAAAACUGAAGGGAGACUCGGGAUAAAGGAGGAAUGGCGCCCUCCCGUUGCUAUAAAAAGAGAUACUGAUUUUUCUCUGAAAUUCAUCGCAGCAGACUGGUUGCCCUUCAUUGGUGCCCCUCUCCCUAUUCCCAGCCUCUAUUGGAAAGCAAGCGCCGUAAUAUCUGGAAGUUCACCAGGUCGGGCGAGUCCGUCCCAUGAUGUCGCGCAGACUUGUUUACUAAUAUUUUCUGUGGAAGUCUCAUGGUGAUGCUUGGUGAACAGCAACUACAAGAGAAAGUGCUUCAAUAUGAAGCAUUUAUCAGUGAUGUUUUGCAGAGAGACCUUAAGAAAGUGUUGGAGCAGCGAGAUGAGAUUUAUGAAAAAAUUGCUCAGUAUUUGCAACUCAAGAACAUUAUUGAACGUUUACAGGAAACAGGAAGCCAAGAGCUGAAAACUCAAGUGGAUCUGGGCUGCAAUUUUUACGUCAAUGCAGAAGUGCCUGAUACAUCCACCAUAUUUGUAGCUUUGGGUUAUGGGUUCUUUGUGGAACUGACUCUACCAGAGGCGCUAACCUUUAUUGAGAAGAAGACCAAGUUGCUUACUGAGCUCAGUGAAACUCUUACUAAAGAUUCUGCCAGAAUAAAAGCCAAUAUCCGGAUGGUUUUAGAGGGAUUACGUGAACUGCAAGGUUUCAGAGAUCUGGCUGAGGAGAACAGAAGGGAUGUUUUCCUCUAGGUAUCCACCUUCUAUGAUCUACAGGGAAUAAUUUUGGUUUUCUAGAAGAAAAUUUGAUUAUGGAUUUCUUGCUGCAGCCGGGGCUGCACACAUGAUGAGAAACCCUGGUGAAUGAGAGACAGCGACAUAAGGUAGUGAUGGGGAAGGGCAGCUCCACUUUUAGUGAGGGUGUUAGGCUCUUUGAACUUCCUCCAGUGUCUGGUUCCAAUUUUAGGAUUUCUUUUUGAAAACAAUUGUAUUAAUAAUAAAGAUUCUGUAUUUGUGCUGGA